CCCAAUUGUCUUCUGAUGGAGGCUUCUUUGAGGAUUCAAAUGGAUGAGUCAAUGGCUUUUUCUCCCCAGCAUGACCGGUUUCAGGUUGAAGGCUCUUUAAAACAAACAAACAAACAGAAUUUUAAACUUGCAGAUGUUAAAAAAGAUAUUGAGAAGCCUGUACCACAGCUUGGUAAUGUGUUUAAGAUUAAGGACAAAAUUGGAGAAGGCACUUUCAGCUCUGUUAAUUUGGCCACAGCACAGUUACAAGUAGGACCUGAAGAGAAAAUUGCUCUAAAACACUUGAUUCCAACAAGUCAUCCUGUAAGAAUUGCAGCUGAACUUCAGCGCCUAACAGUGGCUGGGGGGCAAGAUAAUGUCAUGGGAGUUAAAUACUGCUUUAGGAAGAAUGAUCAUGUAGUUAUUGCUAUGCCAUAUCUGGAGCGUGAGUCAUUUUUGGCCAUUUUGAAUUCUCUUUCCUUUCAAGAAGUACGGGAAUAUAUGUUUAAUCUGUUCAAAGCUUUGAAACGCAUCCAUCAGUUUGGUAUUGUUCACCGUGAUGUUAAGCCCAGCAAUUUUUUAUAUAAUAGGCACUUGAAAAAGUAUGCCUUGGUAGACUUUGGUUUGGCCCAAGGAACCCAUGAUAUGAAAAUAGAGCUUUUCAAAUUUGUCCACUCUGAAGCUCAGCAGGAAAGGUGUUCACAAAACAAAUCCCACAUAAUCACAGGAAACAGGAUUCCAUUGAGUGGCCCAGUACCUAAGGAGCUGGAUCAGCAGUCCACCACAAAAGCUUCUGUUAAAAGACCCUGCACAAAUGCACAAAUUCAGAUUAAACAAGGAAAAGAUGGAAAGGAGAGAUCUGUAGGCCUUUCUGUCCAGUGCUGUUUUGGAGAAAGAAAUUUCAAUAUACACAGCUCCAUUUCACAUGAGAGCCCUGCAGUGAAACUCAUGAAGCAGUCAAAGACUGUGGAUGUACUGUCUAGAAAGUUAGCAACAAUAAAGAAGGCUAUUUCUGCAAAAGUUAUGAAUAGUGGUGUGAUGAGGAAAGCUGCCAGUUCUUGCCCAGCUAGCCUGACCUGUGACUGCUAUGCAACAGAUAAAGUCUGUAGUAUUUGCCUUUCAAGGCAUCAGCAGGUUGCCCCUAGGGUAGGUACACCAGGAUUCAGAGCCCCAGAGGUCUUGACAAAGUGCCCCAAUCAAACUACAGCAAUUGACAUGUGGUCUGCAGGUGUCAUAUUUCUUUUUUUGCUUAGUGGACGAUACCCAUUUUAUAAAGCAAGUGAUGAUUUAACUGCUUUGGCCCAAAUUAUGACAAUUCAGGGAUCCAGAGAAACUAUCCAAGCUGCUAAAACUUUUGGGAAAUCAAUAUUAUGUAGCAAAGAAAUUCCAGCACAAGACUUGAGAAAACUCUAUGAGAGACUCAGGGGUAUGGAUUCCAACACUCCCAAGUUAACAAGUGAUAUACAAGGGACUACUUCUCAUCAACCAACUAUUUCAGAGAAGACUGACCAUAAAGCUUCUCACCUCAUACAAACACCUCCAAGACAAUACUCAGGGAAUUCAUCUAAAAAGGGGGAUAGUAAUAGCUGUGGGUGUUGUUUUGAUGAGUAUACUACCAAUUUAGAAGCCUGAAAUGAGGUACCUGAUGAAGCUUAUGACCUGCUAGAUAAACUUCCAGAUCUAAAUCCAGCUUCAAGAAUAACAGCAGAAGAAAUUUUGUUGCAUCUAUUUUUUAAAGAUAUGAGCUUGUGA